UUAUUUGUUUUGAAUAAGUGUGAAAUAAGUGUGAAAUGUGGUCAACGAAAUUGGUUUUUUUCAGUUUUUUCUCCUGCAUAGAUAUCCCCUCUCUUUAUGAAAACUCAAGAAACGGACAAACGACGCUUGUUCGAUUGUUACUUGCAUCUCUCCACAGUUUCUCGUAAACCGUUGUUGGUGUUGUGUUUACAUUGUCGAAGGAGAAAAAUGGCAGUAACUGAGUGUUACGGGAUGAUAAAAUAUAUUCUCGUGUUCGUGAAUCUCAUAUUCUGGGCCGUAGGAUUGGCUGUAGUGGUAUUGGGAUCAUGGAUGCUAACGGACAAAACGUUUUUGGUAUCGCUGUCAGAACAGGAGCAACACUACAAUAUGGGACUUUAUGUUCUCCUUGGUGCCGGAAUUUUGAUUAUUGUUGUUUCAUUCCUCGGAUGCUGUGGAGCUUUCAAAGAAUCGCAAUGCAUGCUGGUCACUUUCUUCAGUUUGCUACUGGUCGUAAUUGUUGCACAAAUUGCCGCCGGAGCUUGGCUCUACACGAAUAGAGAACGUUUAGACGAGCUGGUUAAAGAUUCUUUCGCUGAAACUGUCAAAAAUGAAUACGGUAAGAUUGAAUACCGUACGGAUAUUGUCGACACUGUUCAAUCGAGUUUUGGUUGCUGUGGAGCAUCCGGUCCUUCUGAUUGGGCUGCGAGUAAAUACAAUAAAGGUGGACAGGAUGGUUUAAGCUUUUCCGUAUCUGCCAACGCCAACAGAUAUAAAAUUCCACAAUCCUGUUGCAUAAAUAAGGAAUCUGCAAUUUGUCGAGGUGGACCUGUAGCCAGUCUUGGAGCUCGUAUUAGUUCUGAAAUUUAUUCAGACGGCUGUACGGAGAAAGUAAUAGGCGCCUUAAAAUCUCAAGGAAUAAUUGUGUUUGGCGUUGCAAUUGGAGUGGGAAUACUGGAAUUUUUGGGUCUAAUUUUCUCGUUGAUUCUCUGCUGUGCAGUCGGUUCAUCAGAGAGGUACAAGGCCUAAAAAAACAACAACAAAGAAGAAGCUUUUUCAUGUAUCAAGACUAUCUCUUCUUUCGCAUCCCCUUGUGUGAUAUAAACCUGUUGUCUUGAAUUAAUUUUCCAUGUGACAAAGAUGCAAGGAAUCAAAAGAGAUAAAUACAAUGGACAACUGGUACAAAUCUGAGAUUAAGACACAAAAAAAUGGGGCCAUAUUUAAGUAAGAUUCGAUUAAAUUAUAUACACUCCAAAGAAAAAUUGAUUAUCAAUUCGCAAACGAAAAAGUGGAACAAAUUUGGAAAAGAAUAAUUUCUAUAAAUACAAGGAGACUAGAUUUUUUUCACUAACUGGGACCUGAAUAAGAAAACAAAAGGUAAAUUUAUUUAAUAUUCUCAUAUUUACCGUGCGACAAAUUUUUUAUUGCAUAGCGAAUGAACAAACUAAAAUAAUAUCUAGUCGCACAAAUUAGGAAUUGAUUACAGAAAUAAAGAAAAGUUCCACAUUUUAAACAAAUGUUUCUCGUACAGUUCAAAUAAUCUUUACCACCAAAGAUGACAAGUUUCGGAGAGAAAAAAUAGGCUUUUUUUAUAUAAGAGAUUGUGUUGGGAGAAUGAAAACAAAAAUUCGCCAAGUCGAACAAAAAAAAACCCAUUUUCUCAAAAAGAGAAAAUUUAUACUUAAAUCAAGUUCGAUUUGUCGUAUUUUCACAAACAGAGCUUAAAAUUUUUACUUAGCUUUAUAUUUACACUUUUCGUCUUCGAUUGUGUUCAAGUAGUUUGACGAAACUAAGAUAAGUACAUUUUUUUGUAUUUAUGUUUUUAAGUUACGGUGGAUACGUUACUUUGUUGAAUACAAAAAAAUUUCACAAUAACUAUUAAUAUUUACUUUAAUUUAAAAAGAAAAGGAAUCUCUGAAACUUAAAAUCGAAAAGGAAAAAUAUUAGAUAAUCAAGAUAUCUAAAAGAAAAUAUUCUGAAUAAGAUGCACGUGGCCAAAGAAUUCGUUUUUGAAAACCUUUUUACUAUUAAAAGGAAUAUUAUUAAAAAUAAGAGAGAGAGAGAAAAAAUUAAUAAUUAUAAUACGAAGCACGUUAAAAACGUGUAGCAUAUUAGAGAUAUACUUAGAAAAGAAAAGAGAGAUUAUUAACUCUGAAAACUCUUAAGGCAUUGUGUCGAUAUUGAUAUAAUUGUUGAAAUCUCAAUGACGAUCAAAUUGUUAUAGUUAGAAGAAAAUAAAAAAAAAACUAUAACAAUGUUGCAGCCAUGACAAAGACUUAAUGUAUGAAAAAGGUAUUAAAAAUAAAAUAUAAUGGAUAUCACAAAUAUUUGCGUAAUAUUACAAAAAAAAAAGAAUAAUAUUAUAUAAAAAAUAUAUAAUAUUUCUAAGAUGGAAAUCAUGGAUUUCGAAAGUCAUAAUAUAACGUACAGCAUAAUAAGCAUACCUCGUUGAUCAUUUAAUGAUUUUGAUAUCAAUAUUUACAAUAUUUUCGAUUUUUUUUUCUAUUCUAUAUAAUGAAUUUUUCUAUGUCGUAUUUGUAUUUAUUCGAAGUCUACAGUUCAUAUUCUCAAAAUUAAUUAUCAUCAAUUAGUUUACAAAUUUAGAUUUUUCGAAAAUUCUAGAAAAACAGAAAAGCAAAAAUAAUAAAAUAUAAGCAUAAAGAAAAUAUUUCCCUAACUUAUUAAUUCUUAUUGAAUUUCUUUUCCUAAAUAUUGCAACUGUAGACUUCGUUAAAAAAAUAUUAAAUUAUUUACUGUUAAUGAAAAAAGAAAAUAAUAAUAAUAACAAGAAUGAAUGUCAUUGUAUUGAGUGAUUUGUAACAAUGCAAUAAGUCAUAUUAUUAGUCAAUAUAGUAAAUAUAUUAUAUAUUGUGCCCUCAGAGUUACUGUGGAGAAUUUAUGAUAAUAUAUAAAUCAUAAUAUAACAUUUAUUUUUAAGUAAUUAAUUUUGUGCGUGUUUAUAUUCGUUUAAAUCAAUUUCUCGCAAAAGUUAAGCGCUUUCAUUGAAAAAGAAAAUAAUUAAAAAAAAGAGAGAAACAAUCCCUUGUAUGAAUGUGGAACAAAUAAAAUCUGUAUCAUGUAGUCUCAAAGACUUGGGAGAUUUUUCCAAAAUUAUAUUUUCGUAAUCAAUGGUAUUCGCAUUUAAUUUUGUAUUAUUAUACAUAUGUAUAAUACAUAUAGAUAAGAGAGGCUACAUGCAAAUGUCAAAACGUUCAAUAUAUAUAAAUCAAAUUCUGAAACAA